GAAGAAUGAAUAGCCCUGCAAACACUUGGGGAGAAACGCAGACGCAGACUUAGGAGAAGAACCAGAGGGAGAGAGAGAGAGGCAGCCUGCACAAACAGCAACAGCCUCUUCUUAAUGCCUUCACAGAGGUGAGAGUUCGACGCAGAGCCGGAGUUGAAGAAGACGUUUGGAAAACGAAGAAAGAUUGGAAAUUUAUCCACAGAGAGAAGAUCUCUAGUUUCUUCCUUCUCUGGGUGGAGGGUCUUGUGAAUGUUCUGUUUGUAGAGUGAACACGCAUCUUUUGUUCAAUCUGGUCAUCUGACCUGACGUUGCAUCAUUUGAAGGCUUGCUUUUAAGGACUUCUAUCUGAUUACAGGUCUCAGGCGUAGAUCUUGAGAUAUGGAGACCGAAGAGAGGAGUCAGAGAGGAUGUAAAAUAACGGAACCAGAUUUUUUCUUGCAGUGGGGAAACAGAAAGCGGCUGAGGUGCGUGAGGGUGAAAGACCCUCGGAUUUCAUCGCGACUCAACGGUGGAAUCCGAAGGAAACUUACAUCAAAGCUAGAUCGUUCUGGGGUUGCUGCUCCAGACAAAGAAAGCUCUCAUCUUCAUCCUAAUCGCCUCACAAGGAGUUCCGAUGGGGCAACGCUUCGGUCCGCGGGUGGAGAGAAUAGGAAAUCGGCGUCGCCGGAGAAGGAGGACAGGUACUACACGACGAGGGGGUCGGCGGUUGCCGACGAGAUCGGAAAAGUUACCGGCGACGGGAACAACGGAGAGGAGAGAGCCCACGUGUGGCCGAAAUUGUACAUCUCGCUGUCCAGCAAAGAGAAAGAAGAGGAUUUUCUGGCCAUGAAGGGGUGCAAGCUUCCGCAGAGGCCCAAGAAGAGGGCCAAGAUCAUACAGAGAAGCUUAUUGUUGGUGAGUCCAGGAGCGUGGUUGACGGACAUGUGCCAAGAGAGAUAUGAAGUUAGGGAGAAGAAAAGUAACAAGAAGAGACCCAGAGGGUUGAAGGCUAUGGGGAGUAUGGAAAGCGAUUCCGAAUAGGACGAGGCCGAAGGAAAAUGGGAAAUAUUUUGGAGAUAAGAUUUGAAGAAGAAGAAGAAGUUCGUGUUAUGUUUUUAAGUGGAGGAGGGAAGGUAUCUCCACUCUCUUGUUUUUGUGUUUUUUGGGGUUACCCAGUAACAACCAAUCCAAUUAUUAUUGAAAGGAAAUUGCUUUA